GUGGUGCUCCUUUCCUUGAUCCCUGAGUAGUUGCUAUAGCCCUCUAGAGAAAAGUAUCUUUCUUUCUUAGUAGAAACAAUAUACACCGAUCAUUUAACCAAACCAAAGGAUAGUUGGUUGCAUAUUCUUUUCGUUCUUAAAUACCUCCUAAGCAGAAAGCUCUCCUAAAGUUUUAGAUCUCUACAACUAUGGACCAAUCAAACACAAAGCCUCAUCUAGUAUUACUAUCCGCCCCUGACCAUCUCAUGCCCGUUAUUCAUCUGAUCCUUUUCCGUCAGUCAAGUCUUGUUCCUUUAUAUUAAAGCAGAGACAGAAUUCAUUUUUAAAAUUUCAUGACUGAAAUCAUCAAAUUCCUGUUCUUCUCUUAAAAUACUUGGUAGAUUUUUCUUUUAGAAAUGGUUCUGUCAAACAAAAAUCCCCAUCUAGUGUUACUAUCCUCCCCUGCUCACCCCACGCCUACCAUUGAGCUUGGCAAACGCCUUGUCACCUGCCAAUCCGUAAAAGUAACAGUCUUUGUCUCUUGCUUUGUUAAAGCAGCAGCAGCUGUAUCAAAAACCAUCGGAUCUAUCCCCAAAACUGAACUCUUUGAUGUCAUCCAACUUCCGCCAGCUGACAUUUCUGGUCUCGUUGAACCCGGCCAUACCGGUCUUACUGCGGUUGUGUCCGGGGUGCGCGUAACCAAACCAGCUUUCCUGUCUGCCAUAUCUGCUCUAGAGACUCCUCCAACUGCUCUAAUUGUUCAUGUUUAUGCAAUCGAGUGUUUAAAGAUUGCUGAUGAACUUAAGAUUCCAAAAUAUGUUUACACGAGCUCUCACGCAUGGUAUCUUGCACUGAUUUUAUAUACUCCAGUCCUGGAUGAGGAGGUUGGAGGAGAGUAUGCUGAUAAGAAAGAACCUUUUCUUCUUCCAGGUUGCACUCCGGUUCGACCAGAAGAUUUGCCAGAUCCAAUGAUAGUCCAAACUAAAAAAGAUUAUCUUGAAUUCCUUCAAAUAGGUUUGGAUUUCCCAAAGGUUGAUGGUAUUUUAGUGAACACAUGGGAGGAACUGCAGCCAAAAACACUAGCAGCUUUGAGGGAUUAUCAGCUGUUGGGAAGUAUUGUUAAGGCACCAAUUUUCCCAAUUGGCCCAAUAGCCACGGAAGGAACUGCCGGGUUAAAGAGCGAGUUAUUUUACUGGCUAGACAAGCAGCCGAGUGGAUCUGUGCUUUAUAUAUCUUUCGGAAGCAUGGGAGGGCUAUCAGUAGAGCAAAUGACUGAAUUAUCUUGGGGUUUAGAGUUGACCCAGCAAAGAUUUAUCUGGGUAGUCCGUCCACCUAUGGCUAAAACAGGGAGUGGAUCCGCCCCCAAGUUUGGGCACAACGCUGACGAUAUGUCAAGUUACGUUCCUGAAGGUUUCAUUUCUCGGACCCGAGACAGGGGGGUGGUGGUUCCCCAUUGGGCUCCGCAAGUGCAAAUCUUGAGCCAUCCAUCGUGCGGUGGAUUUUUCACCCAUUGCGGUUGGAAUUCAGCCAUAGAAUGUAUCAUUAACGGAUUGCCAAUGAUCGCUUGGCCGUUGUACGCUGAGCAACGAAUGAAUGCUACGUUGUUAACAGAAGAGCUUGGCAUAGCUGUUCGAUCACAAACAAUACCAUCCAAGGGUGUCGUCGGGAGGGAAGAGGUAGCGACGAUGGUUAGAAAAAUAUUCGUAGAUGAAGAAGGACGGAAGAUAAGAGGCAGGGUCAAAGAACUAAAACUCGGUGCAGACAAAGCUUGGAGUCAUGGUGGUUCAUCGUACGAGGCACUGCAUGAAAUGGUAAAACAUUGUCAGAAGAGCCGGCAGUUGACACGUUGAUGCAGUAGUUUGCAUUAAUAUAACUCUGUUUUAUGUUAAAAGUGUUUAGCGUCGAUUAGAAAGUCAAGAUUAAUUUAUGAAAUCAAGUUGUUCUUCCAUUCUACCUAUAAAUGCAUAUGCAUUUUUUUCAGUCUA